GCGGAACUAACGUCUUCGUCGUAAUGCCCAACUCCACUGAGCGCCGUCAGCUGCGCAAUCGCCGACUUUUGCGCCCUUCUUUCCGCCAGUCUGAAACCUACGCAGACUCGUGCUACCCGGAAACGACGGAGGUCACACCUGAUGAAACACCCGCCGAACCCACGGGCUCAUCAUCCCCUUCGCCUGAGUCCGCCUUCGAAUGCAACGUUUGCUUCGACGUUCCGACCGGACCAGUCGUCACGCCGUGCGGUCAUCUUUACUGCUGGCUCUGUUUGUACAAAUGGAUGCGCCAACGCGCAGACUCACCACAAUGUCCGGUCUGCAAAGCUGGCGUUGACAAGCGCUCCGUGAUUCCCAUCUAUGGUCGUGGGCGAGCCGAGGAUAGCGACCCGCGCGAGCAUGCCGCGCCGGAAGAAGACGUUCCGCCGCGACCUUCAGGGCACCGCGCCACACCGGCAGGCCAGACUCAAGGCAUGCACCCGGGCAACCCCUUCGGAAUGCAACACACCCCUUUUGGACGUAUCAACCCGUACGGAGCUAACUAUGACAAUGUUUCUUUGUCCACAUUUGGCCUAUUUCCGUCUCUCUUUGGUCUGCAGAUCGCCUACCCGCAGGUUAACGAACCGCCCAGGGAGGAACUUCCUGCAAAUCCAGAUGAUGGCAUGUCCGAGCUUGUUGCUCGAGUUUUCUUGCUUCUUUCAGUGUUUAUUGUAAUCAUCAUCACAACUUUCUGAGGAGCUCGGUUUUGUUUUCGGUCUCGAUCCGUCACUUGGCUCAUAUUUCCACAUUGCUCAUGCAACUAUUGCAAUGCAAGUACUGCUUCGUAAUCCGUCGUGAGGCGACGGACUUACAGCGCAGUCCGUGUUUAUAUUCCGUGAGGCCAUUCUCCCUCCUCCUAUGCACGCUUUAGAUUUGCGGUGUUUCGCAAAACAAGUACCUUUUCAGUUGCGAGCCACCGGCUUACCUGGUGGACAUUCAUCGAUUUCAAGUCGCCAGAUUAAGAUUUUUCAAUAUCGUUUCGCUUUUUGACAUUGGAUUUGGAAGAACUGCAUGUCUUCUUCUGCCACUACCCUAUAUUUCUUCUGCGAAAAGUGCUCAAAGCAUUGCAUGAUUUCCAGUACUCGCAACCGCAGAGGCCGCCAACCCACCGCUAAACUCCUAGUAUAUUCGGAUAUUCACAAUAAACAGAAAGUCAGCACACAAUGCUUGGGUCAGUGUUUAAAUAAAAGGCUUCCUGUCGUCUUGUUUACCGGA